AUGGUAUACACUACCCAAAUGCAUCGCCGCAUCCGCAUCCGCGACGCUGUCACACCUUACUGCGUUUUUAUAGAGCGUCAAUUCCCACCGAUUUUAUCCCAACCGUUCCGCCGCCUCCAGCAUCUAAUCUUUGGUCUCACAGAGGAUGAGUGGAACACCCUUAGCACGUAUUUUGUACACUUCGAGGAUCUCGGGGUGACGGUGCAGCUGGAGACCGGGCUAGAAAGGGAAACCCAGCGGCUAAAACGCAUCUUGAAGAAUGAAUUAAGCCGAGGAGAGCUGCCCAGGCCGGACCUUGUGCAGCAAUACACUGAUGCCGUACACAAGAGGGCGAUGAAUCAACAAGCUUCUAGACUCGCGUUCGACAAGUGGAAGGCAACGGCAGACGGUCUCGGGAAUACUGCGCUAUCUCGUGGUCUCAGUUCAAAUCGCGAAAUGUCAUAUUGGUGGUAUGCGCGCUGGCUAGACAAGCAGUGCGCACAAGCUGGAGGGUGCUGUGGAAGGGGUUGUAAGUGCUGUAUCAGGAAGGAGGUACGGGAUCUUGACUUCAGAACUUGGGAUGGCCACUGCACGCCGGCUUGUCCUUGUUGUCUCCAGCAUCUCGGCGUCGACAGGGCGAUUGAGCAGCUGGGGAGCGGUAGGGAACCACGCUUUGACUCGAGGGAGGUGCGGAAGAAACGAUUCAAUCGCAAGAUGAUGUCCGCCUAUGCGUUUGGCUUGUGGUAA